CACAUUAAUGUUGAAGAUGGCGGCUUGCCCGAAUUCUUUGGAUGAGAAGUCCAAGUUAGAAGAAGAAUUUCAGACAUGGAAUGGACUCACAAAAGACCCUACUGAGACUAUAAUAAUGAUUGAUAGCACUGAGGAUAAAUCAGGGUGUGUAUGCCUCAACCUGCUUCUAGCUGGACAACAUGAAUUUCAGCUCUUUUGCCCAAAAGGCUAUCCAGGCUAUAACGCUUUGAGUAGGUUCAUUGUAGAUGCUGGACAAGACAAGUCCAACUGGGAAAAAUCAUUGAACCAGUUCCUUAAAGAUUGUAAAAGAAAACUUUUCCUGACAGAUGUCCUAGACAAGGCAUUGAGUUUACAUAAGAUUACUCCUUGUAGGCUGACAAAAUUAGAACAGAGGGACUGGAUAGGAGAGGCUACAGAUUCAAAAGACUGGAUAGGAGAUGCUACAGAAAUGGAACAGAGAGACUGGAUAGAAGAAGCUACAGAAAUUGAUGAUGAUGAAGAUGAAAUGAAUCCUACUGAUGAUCAGGAUUUGACAAUGCUGGAUGAUGACUCAUACUUCACAACAGACUGGGAGUUGCAAGUUACAAAACUACGAAAAAAUUGGGCAAUGAAAGAGAUAGAAAUCAGAGAAGCGAUGAAGAAGCAGGUAUCUAGUUUGAAUGCCUCGCCCAGUCAUAGCUUGAAUGUGUCGUUGCCUUCAUCAUCAAGGAGCACCCCCCACUCAUCCCCCUCUGCAGGUAUACAAUUUCUCUUUGGCCUACUGACCCCCCUCCCCAUAGGGAUCAGGUGCGAUCAUGGACCGCGGGAUUCAAUGAUGCAGCGCGUGUCAAACCUGGAUAUAUUGAAACUGUCAUACUGGAAUCCAACAAAAGAUAUGAAGACAGUGCUAACGGAAAUUAGAGAAUAUUUGGAAAAAUGGGCACGAGUGGAUGUUGAAAGUCCAAGAAAUGACCCAAAGGUUUACUGUCAGGGAUCCUACACUGAUAUAGAACAUGAUCUACUUAAGUUGGCAUUGGAGACCCAAACAAAAGCAAAAAAAGCAGACGAUGAGAAAUCACUUGAGGAGAGUCUACGAGAGCGAGAGACUCUUGUGAAGCUGUUACAGUCAGAAAUAUCACGGCAGGCAAAUGAGAUAAAUUACCUACGCAGUCGUCAUCAAGGAUCCAGAAGGGGAAAGAGUUUCUGUAGUAGUGAUCGACCAGGGGAACGAGGCAAUGAAUACUGGCAAAAAGGAAUUGGUUAUGGGCACAAUAAUAGACCUGGUUGGGAUAUCCAAGCUUUUAUAGCUGCACAGAAGGAGAAAGAUAAACAGAUUGUUGCAGUGUUAAAUGAAAUUGUGGUACAGCUUCGAAACAUCUGCUCUAUCCAGCUGCUGUCAGAGUCAUCCGAGGGGCAAGACAAGACACAAACAGUCUCCCUCACAGAUCUCUAUGCAAUAAUUGAGGGCUCAGCAUUGUUAACGUUCAUGGAGGCCAGUUUAAAGGAUGUGUCAUUCCUAGAAAUUUGUCGGCACACAUCGCUGUACAAGGUUAUUCUUGACAUCAUUAAAGAAAUUGCAUUAAGACCUAAAUUGGUUGGCCUCCUGAGCAAUUUACCUAAUCAAGAUAGGUCCAUCAGUCAGCAUUUAUCAGUACUAGAAAGUAGCGCAUCAGGUGUUCUUCAGCAUGUUGACAAGAUUGGAAAUGGCAGCAUUCCGAAAGACACCGAUGUUAAGCGAAUGAAGGUGGAAGAAGGAUCCAAACCAUCGCUUCUUAUGAUGGCAAUAUCCUGUGGAAUGAUAGACUCAGAAGAAAUGAAAGAAAAGACAGAGGAGGAGUUACUAAUGGAGAACUACAACACAACGGUUGCUGGUGAAACUUUAGCGCGGCAAUUCCUCUGUGUUUCCCAUCUGGUACGGACAAAACUAGAAGAUCUUUCAAAUUCUACAAGGCAUGAGACGCAAAAUACAGUUAAUAAAGAAGAUGUCAAAGCCUCCAAAGAAGACGUUUUAUGUAAUGCUAAUAGUUCACUUUGUAAUGGUCAGAUUUGCAGUGAGCCAGCAGAUGUGUCUGUCAGCUCUGAUGAGGAUUCAAUGAAUGAGAACCUGGAAGAAUUAUAUUUUCAGCAUUUAAAACAUUUACAGUUUAUGCCCUUUACAUUUACACAAACAGGAAUUGGUCGUAACUUGUACAUGGGUCAACUUAACAAACAUACUAAGCCACUUCCAUCUCAGAUAUUCCGAAUCGCUCAAGAACUUUCAACACUAUCCACCUCAUUGCCCUUCUCUUUGUCAUCAACAAUAUUUGUGAGAACAGAUGAAGAAAAAGUGAACCUUAUGAGGGCGCUAAUCACUGGGCCGGAAGGCACUCCGUACUCUGGUGGAUGCUUUCUCUUUGACAUCUACUUCCCUCCAAGUUAUCCUAAAGGACCUCCGAUGGUCAGCAUACUUGUAAAAGUGCGCAUGAACUGCAUGAAGUGGGCAAUGAUCAAUUAUUUAGACUUCCCUCCACCUGGCUUUGAAGAGGUCAUUACGAGGCAUUUCUACUUGAAGAAAGACAGGAUACUUAAGGAGGUUGAACAAUGGAUGAAAGAAGAUUCAAACUCAAAAUUCAAGAAAUGUUGUGAGAAAUUCAAGACAGAUUUUAAAAUGAAAGUGAAAAUCCCACCAGAAAUGCAACUCAAAGAAAAGAAAGUAGAAGGAGAAACAAAUAAGGAACACAACUGUAAACACAACUCAACACAUGAUACAUGAUGUCUGCUAUAUGAAUGUGAGCAAAUAAUUUGAGCUGCUUGGAGAACAUUAUCCACUCAAAUGUAUGACUGACUUGUACAAAUUCAAACUGAAUCCAAUUUUGUAAUAUCUGUUUCAAAAAUAUGCACAAUAUCAUGCUAAGUUGAUAGAGUUCAAUUAUUGGAAUAUAAAUAAUAUGAGAUAAAUAACAUUUACUUUUAAGAAUCCUGUUACUCCUCUCAUCAUCUGCAUUCAUAUGCCUUGCAAAACAAAAUCCUUUGUUUCUAGUUAUCAUCCAUUCUACUUACAUUUUGUUCAAGUGCUUUUGCAAAUAUGUGUUUGAUGUAAAUGAGAGGGUUUAAGAAAAACCUAAACUAGUAAUAUAUCCCUACAUGAGUGUUGUAGGUAAAUAAUACUAGUAAUGAUCCCUCACAUGAGGAAAUUAUGAUUUAAAAAUUUGCUGCUACAUGCAAGUAUUUGUAGUAAAUUUUAAACAAUGUAUAGUUCAAGAUCCUGUUUGUUAAGCACUUUGAUUAGUUUGUUACAAAUUGCCCGGUGUGUUCUCUCUCAGUGUUUCUAUAUAAUGUACAGACAUUGAAAUCAGUCCGUUGUUCAGUCGUUCAAUAAAGUGGUGUUCCUAGGCUGAAAUAUUUAAAUGUAAAUAGGUACAAGAUAUUAUGCCUGGCACAGACAAGACAGCCCUGGGUCUGCAUAAUAAGUUGGAUUGCGAUCUUCACUAUUAGUACGCAUAAAACUACAUUAACUUAGAAAUUGUAAAUUGACGUCCUGAGACAGAACUUAUUAGUCUCAAAAUAUAAUGUUCACUAAAAAAUUUUAUUAAACUAUAUCAUUUGUACUGUAUGGUAUUAUGUGGUUAACAGAUAAUGCAAAAUUGGUAUUCUGCAAUUUGUGCUGAGUAUUUGGUUGUAGAUUGGACUACAGUAUUCAAAUCACAAAUACAAGAAAUUUAAGAGGAUUUUAGAACAAUCAUGAAUUUAUGGUUAAUAAUAGUUAAGUAACCAGAAAUGAAAACGCACCUGUCAGGUAAUCUCAUAAUUUGCAUACGAACAAGCCCACCUUUACCUAAGCUAGAAUUUUUUAAAAAUUUACAUGCAAAAAUAAUGUUUUUAUAGUGUGCUCUCUAGUUUAAAUAUUGUAUACAUCUCUUAGAGUCUCAGAAAAUGUAACAUAAAUCAGUCUUCAGAAGUUGUGUUAUAAAAUAUAAUUGUUCGGUGCUACUAUCGAUUAUUGUAGUUGUGACAGCCAAUGUUCUGGAAUGUGAGAUACAAGCUCACUUUCCACUGAACUAUCUCUUAUUUUUACAAUUUUUUUUUACAUCACUUCUUAAAGUGUUUGAUAGUUGUAUAUUAACAUAAACAAUUAGUUUUUUUAGUAAUUGCUUAAAGUUAUUAUUCAAAGAAAUUGUCAGCAUGUGUUGCCUUUAAUUGUUUCCUCUCUAUUUGUUACCAAAAUUUUGGCUUUUUCUGCUUAUUGUUUGUUUUUCUCCAUGCAAAGUGCUUAGAGACAAUUUUUGUAAAAACUUUAUUUUAAAUAGUUGAUCUGAGUAAUCUCUAUCAAUAUAUAUUGAAAUCUAUACAUAUAAAAAAUCAGAAUGUAAAAUAUUGUAAUAUAUUAGAAUAUAUUAAAAUAUAUCAAAAUAUUUAAGAAUAUAUUAAAAUAUAUUGGAAUAUAUUAUAAAAUAUCAAAAUAUAUUAGAAUAUAUUAAAAUAUAUAAAUAAUUCAUUGGUAGCACAAAAGAAUAUGCUAUUGAUAGAAUAUAUUAAAAUAUAUUGAGUUGUCAGUUGGCUAAUGGAACCAUAAAUUGAUGGUGAAACUUUUUAUUAGUAAUAUUUUAGUAAAUUCCUUGUAUUAAAAUUAAGAAAUUUAAAAAUGUAUGAUAUGAUACACACUUAUUCAUUGUCUUUUGACAAUGCUGCAGGAACGAAGUUCUUGUUUAUAUAUUUUUAUUCAAGCGACGACAUUUAGUUUGUUUUUUAUAAUCACUACUAUACUGACAAGUACGGUAUAGUUUAUUGAAAAGUAUGUUGUUUUAUAGUUGCUUUAAAAAUAAUGUUAUUGUUUUUGAUGUGCAAUGUUAAGAAUUGUUUUUGUAGAACAUUAUGCAAUAGGGUUCAGAGAGCACCUGAUUUUUUAAAUAUUUUUUUGUUGUUUUUCAUCUAAAAACUUUAUCGUAGUUUUAUAAGAUAAGUUCACAAGCUAUGGCUGUGUUGCAUGUUAUAGGCUUACGUCAACCCCAGGUGUUUGCCUACUGGUAUAGAGGUGUUCACCACUCACACAGAACAAACAAUACACCACCCUCAUAGCUCAUUUAGCAAUAGUGUACAGUAAAUACCAAAAUUUAAAGAGAAAAAAAAAGAAUCUAAACAGAUAAUUAAUAAUCAUUAAAUUAAAAUCAAAAUUUAAGAGUUUUCCAGGAGCAAAGACAAACUUCAUUUAUUCAUCCAUCAGUUCGUUCAUCCAUCCAUCCAUUCAUUGAUCAUUCCAUUAUCAUUCAUUCAUUCAUCAUUUAUUCAUCUGUCAUUUACUCAUUUAACAUUUAUUCAUUCAUUUAUUUUUACAUUUUAAUUAUUCAUUCGUGUGCUGCUCCUACUGUAUGUGUAGGAAUCUCAAGACUACAUCACAGUUUUUAUGAUGUAUUCCAUUUUACCAUUAUGGUACAGUAUUUAUUUUCAGUUACUCUAUUGACAAAAAUUUCUCUUCUUUUACAAAGUUCGUUUUUGUGACGAAAUAUUUAAUUAUGAAUAGUAAAUAGGUUUUUUGGCUUUCAUAAAUACCAUGGCAUAAUUUUGUUUAAAAAGUGAAACCAUCUGAAAACCAUUGUACAAAAUUUGUUGAUUCAAACGCAAUAUAUCAAUAUAAUUACCUAUAUUGUGUCUUCAAACAUUUACAGACCUCUAGCAAUUUAGGGGUUUUUUCGCUCAAUUGUUUAUUUGAAAGUCAUUAUCUUGCCUGUCAUCAAUUUUACAUAUUUUUAAACCACUUGUGUUAGCAAAAUUGUUAUGUGCAGUACACUUAGAAAGGCUUUUUUUAUUAUCAGAAAAAUAUGAGAUUAUACGAUUUCUUUUUUUUUUUUUUUUUAAGUUAAUGCUGGCCUAGCUAGCCUUAUUUAUAAAAGUGUUAGUUAUUUGUUUUUAUAAAGUAUUCUGUAGAUUUUAAAUGAUUUUUAUACUAUAAUUUAUUAAACACCAGCAUGAAAUGCUUCAGUUAAAAAUAUCACUUAGUAUAUGUUUAACGUUAUAUCUCAAAAAGCUCCAAUGAAGGCAGUAGGGUAUAUCUUAAUCAGCAGAGGAUGCUCGUAGUGCUCCUCAUCGGAGCUAAAACACAGGCCUACACUUGCUUAUGUACUUUACAUCGUUGUUAAAAUCUUAUUGAUUAUGCAGUGAUUUGAAUUAGGCAUAAACACGAUACCAAUAGAUUUUUUAAUCAAACCAGAGGUGGCGCCAGGUUUUGCCCGACGGGGGGAAGGGGGGGUCCCUAUGUUCCCGACGGGGUGGCCGAUGCCCCAACAAGGGGGAAGAUUUCCCUGACGAAAGCAAAGUGGGCAUGUUCGAGCUUUGCAUAAAAUAUCCGGAAAGAUUUCCAGGGGGCGAAGGGCGAAGCUCCCAAAAUUUUUUACAAUUUAGGGGUUUCAGAGGCUUAUUUAAUAAAGUUUAGAGUACAAAUAUGUAGAAAAUACAUUUAGUUUUUUUUUUUCUCCCCCGAUGAAUUGUGAUUUUUCUCCCCAACGGGGGCUAUUGACCCACCCCCGCUGCCACCACCUCUUAAUCAAACUAGUUAUCAGUGUCAAGAACUGCACCAGUAAAUUUGGAAGAUUUUUACUUUUUAAAAAGGAUAGAUGUAGCUUUAAUACAAUUACCACUUUCAUAACCUAAGAAUUCCACUUUACGUAUAACGAAAUUAUCCAACGCACCAUGUUUUAUAUUCAGUUUCACCGGCAUGUAAUUCAAAACGACAAACUUAAUAGUUUGAAUCCGUCUAUAAUUUGACCAACCAAUGUGUAAUUAUGUCAACAUUUUUUAGUUAGAUUAAAAUACAUUGCGACAGAUCUUACUAGGCUUACUCUAUUCUAGGUAGAAUGAAAAAUAAACCUAAAAAAACGUA